UUACGAUAGCUGUGUCCUUGAUGUAACAUUCCUCAAUAACAUACUUAUUUUUCCUUGAAAUUCUGCUGCGUUAUCCUUGACAUUAAGAUUUUCGUAUCUCUGCAAACAAUGGAGACAUUUAGCUGGUUCCUUUAUAGAACUAUAUUGUACAAAAUGAUCGAUAGUAGUUUCCAUUUCUCAGUGAAUUGCGCGGUCAAACAAACGCAACGUGGAAUUGCGAGCAAUGAAAUAAGGAACUCGUCAUCAGUUCUUAUUGCUGUGGUUAUACACACGUAUAGAAAGGGAGCCGGUAUAUGCGACUACAGGGGCUGCUCUAAAUAUAGCAUAUGCUCGAAAUAUAACGAAGCGCGCAACCUUAGCCAACAACAACGAAAGCCGUGUGUAACGCUUCGUCCUCAAAAAUGUGCAAAGCACGCUGCGACAAUGUGUUUUAAACGGGCAAUGCUGGAAGUACGUUGCUAUCCGAUCGGUUUUCAUCUGUCAAUGAGUUACCCAUUGAUUUGAAAAAUUUCGCCGUCUAUCCUACAGUAUAUUUGUCAUCUGGCAGGAGUGCCGACUUCGUGAACAAAUACUACGAAAGAUCGUGUCGUAUUAAUCGAAUUUGGCGAGACCUUAGAAAAUUCCAAAGAGACGCGCGGUAGACGUGUAGCGUGCAAUUAAGAACGACUGUGGUCGUGGUUUAUGCGUUACUUUCGCUCCGAAUAACCGACACGGACUUUUUUUUUGUCGUGUUACGUUUAUUCGGAUGUGUGAAUCAAGUGUCAGCGAAGAAAGAUACGCGUAAUUGGGUUAAAAAAAAACGUGUAUACGCGCCCGUGCCGAAUAUCGAGUAAUAUCGACAGAUAAUGGACGAGGGUUGUGUCGUUCGUUUUGGGAUAAAUAAAUCAUAAGCAGAAGUUUUUUUUUUUAUUUUAAAAAGCAUCGAUUGGUCGCUAUAUAGGAUCGGAGGUAAUAAUUACAAAACACCUAGGAGAAACAUCAGCUUCCGACAUGGUGCAACAGGAGCAGGCUCACGAUGCUAAGCAACAGAUUGCAACUAGUCCAGAGGAUACCGAGGAUAUACCUGCUGGACAACAAGGCCCCCAAGUUCCCAGACGUAGAGGAGGCAUCUCAGCAGAGCCGGUUUCUGAAGAAGAUGCGACCAGUUAUGUUAAAAAAGUCGUACCUAAGGAUUAUAAAACAAUGGCUGCCUUGAGUAAGGCCAUUGCCAAAAAUGUUCUUUUUGCUCAUCUGGACGAGAACGAACGUUCUGAUAUUUUUGAUGCUAUGUUCCCUGUCACAUUUUUGUUUGGAGAGGCAAUUAUUCGUCAAGGCGACGAAGGUGACAAUUUUUACGUAAUCGAUCAAGGGGAGGUAGAAAUCUUUGUGAAUGGUGAACUAGCCACAACAAUAGGAGAAGGUGGAAGCUUCGGUGAACUUGCGUUAAUCUAUGGGACUCCGCGUGCUGCGACUGUUCGAGCGAAAACUGAUGUUAAACUAUGGGGUAUCGAUAGAGAUUCUUAUCGAAGAAUCCUCAUGGGUUCUACCAUAAGAAAACGAAAAAUGUACGAAGAAUUUCUUUCCAGAGUUUCAAUUUUAGAAUCUUUGGAUAAGUGGGAACGACUUACAGUAGCUGAUGCUUUAGAACCUGUAGCAUUUGAUGAUAGUGAAACCAUAGUUCGACAGGGUGAACCAGGUGAAGAUUUUUACAUAAUCGUUGAAGGCACGGCUGUUGUUUUACAACAACGUUCAGAGGGUGAAGAACCAGCGGAAGUUGGUCGUUUAGGACCAUCCGAUUACUUUGGAGAAAUUGCACUGUUAUUAGACAGGCCGAGGGCAGCGACUGUUGUGGCACGGGGCCCACUAAAAUGUGUGAAACUUGACAGAGCAAGAUUCGAACGAGUUUUAGGCCCGUGCGCCGACAUUUUGAAACGCAACAUCACCCAGUAUAACAGUUUCGUGUCUCUAUCUGUAUAAAUUACUGUAUCAGCGACAUUAUCAGCCAUCCUGAUUUUUUUUUUGAAAAUACGUUUCACUGUUAAUAUUUUUUAUUUGGGUAAUAACGUAAGAAAUAACUGCAUUAUGUUGAAUAAUGAUAGUCGUGUUAAGAAUUAUAUAUG